AUGUUUAAUCGUUCGCCACCAUCAGUUAGUCUUCCACCUCCAUUGCCUUUGGCACCUGUAUGUAUAGAACCAUCGGUGUGCCAUGUGUGUAACGAAACAAUGACCGAAGGCCAAGACUGUCUAAUAAUUAAUCAAUGUUAUCACAUAUAUCAUAGGCAGUGUAUUGAAUCUCAUUUGGCAGAUUCCUCAGAAUGUCCAUUAUGCAAGAGAACGUUUCAACUUUCAGAGUUACGUAAGCUAAAUAUCGUCAAUAAAAUUCUUCCAUUGACAAAAGGCAAUCCUAAAGGUAAAGGAUGGGGCGCAGUUCCAAAAACUUAUAACACUCGUAGUACAACACGCAAUCUAUUUGGUGAUUCCGAUAAUCCUACGUUAGAAAAUGUAGCAACACCUGAUCGACCUAGUCAGAAUAUUUCCGAUUCAAAUGUAUGA